GGCGUGGAGAGCGGCGCUGUCGGCGGGGGCCCGCGCCCCGCUGCGGGGGCGGCUCGCCGGGAUGCGGCCCCCGCGGGGACAGCGCCGCCCGCCCGCCCGCGGGGCCGCCCUCCUGCUCGGGGGAGGCUGCCUGGCGGCGUGCUACAGCCUGCGGUCGCGUGUGAUCCCGGCGGUCCUGGCUCAGAAGGAGGAUGUCAUUCAUGCAGAAAUGGAUGAAAGACUGUCUCUUCGAAAGCACCGCUUCAUGCAUUUUGCAUCACUGGAAUAUGAAGGAGAAUAUUACAUGACACCGAGAGAUUUCUUGUUCUCAGUAAUGUUUGAUCAAGUUGAACGCAAAGCCUCAGCCAAGAAACUGACAAAAAAGGAGGUAGAUGCUGCACUGCUGUAUGUUGCCAAAGCUAAACCAGGACCGACCUUUUUUAGAGACCUUGGUGAUAAAGGGUUGAUAUCUUAUGUAGAGUACCUAUUUUUGCUGACGAUCCUUACGAAACCCCAGACUGGACUUCAGAUUGCCUUUAAAAUGUUGGAUACAGAUGGCAAUGAGCGAGUUGAAAAGAAAGAAUUCUUUAAGCUACAGAAAAUCAUUGGGAAGGAAGACGACUUGAAAGCAGCUGGAGAUGAAACAGUACUUCAGGAAACAGAACUGGAAGACUCUGGUGUUAAUACUAUGCUGCUGGUACAUUUCUUUGGAAAGGAAGGAAAGCAAAAACUUCGCUAUUCUGAGUUUUUCAGGUUCAUGGAAAAUCUGCAAACGGAAGUCCAAGAAAUGGAAUUCAUAAAGUUUUCAAAGGGUUUGAACGUCAUGAGGAAAGAAGACUUUGCGGCAUGGUUGCUGUACUUCACUGAUGAGGACAACAAUGAAAUUUACUGGCAGAAUGUGAAAGACAGAAUUGAGGCGGGAGAGAACAUCAGCUUGGAAGAAUUCAAGACUUUCUGCAAGUUUACGAAUAACCUGGAAGACUUUUCCAUCGCCAUGCAGAUGUUUACUGUAGCAAAUCGUCCUGUGAAACGGGCUGAGUUCAAGAGAGCAGUGAAGGUGGCAACAGGACAAGAACUCUCAGAUAAUGUUCUGGAUACCAUCUUCAAGAUUUUUGAUCUCGAUGGAGAUGACUGCCUCAGCCACAGCGAGUUUCUUGGAGUCCUGAGGAACCGAAUUCAUCGAGGUUUGAGGGUACCGCAACAGCAAGGCAUUCAAGGUUACUGGAAGUGUGUGAAAAGAGAAAGCAUUAAAGGCGCCAAAGAAGUGUGGAAGCAAACUGGGAAAAGUCCUUUUUGAAGCAGUCCGUUGUUCUUUUGUUAUAAGUGUUGUUAUUUAGGGGAGUUUGUCUGUCCUGUUUAUAUAACAGCUGGAUCAAAAAUACUCCUUUUUUAACCAUAGUUAAAGUUUAAUCAACCCAGACUCUAAUGCAAUAAUCUUAUUAUCCAGUUCCAGUGCAAUCAGUUUGGUUUACAGAACUAUUAUCACUUUUGACCUCCAUACGGAAGCACUCUUGUUCUAGGGAAUAAUGCCAUUUACUGCUCUGUGGACUCUGACCCUGCACUGUAGGGCACAGAAUACACAGGAUUUAAUAGUGACCCCAGGCAGGAACAUCACAGCAGUAGUAUCAUCUCCUGUUGAAGGAGUGAACGUCAUCUCAGUUAGCCACUAGCACAGCAGUUCUCCUUCUCUGGCAAGGGCAGAGGUCCAAAAGGCAAAAUCACUGGCACAACACGUUUUAAUUCAAGUUAUCCUGUAUGAAAAAGGAAAAUUCACGUGGUUCACUCUCUCAUUAUUGUGAUCUGUUCAUGUGCAGGUUCCUGGUGCCUGAUCCCACCAGAUCCUGUGUGGAUGUCUGGUUUGUCUACCUUCAUGAUGAUUAAUCAUGACAAUUAAACUGGAAAUACAAGACUGUUGAUUCAGGCUUUAAAAGUUGUACGUUGAUCAGUGAAUGUGCAUCGAACUCUCUCAGGCCUCUUCAACAAAUACUAAAAAUGAGAAGCAAAAAUCCUCAUUCUAUCAUAAGCAGUGGUAGCUACAAUUUGACUCAUAACUAUUUUACUCUAAUUAUAUUGUGGAAGAUGAACGUGUAACAAAUAGUUGCUUUAUCUUACUAAAGGUUGUGACAGGGAAUGCUGCAGUAUCUCAGGAAUUCAAGGUUAUAAUAAACAAGUGUUGGGGGAUGAGUCCAAUGAAAAAGUGAAUACAAGUGUUUAUUACUCCAAAUGCGAAGUUAGACCUAAGAUCUUAAACAGCAAAACAAGGAACAAAUCAGAACUAACAUUUAGCAAUUACAGAUGAACAUUUUUUAGCUGUAAUGUAAUGUGCAUCUCUGUGUACACAGGUGUGCACGUUACAUGUUUUGUUUUUCUUACAGUUUCAGGAGCCGAAAGUCCUAGCUCCAGAUCACUCUUCCUGGUUGGCUACUAUGUAUGGGAGAUAGACUUAUCUGUAAAGGUUCUUCCUCUUUCCACCUCUCAGUUGUCUGACUUGUCUUGGCUGGAGUGAGAGCUUAAUCUUCAAGACAGGUUUGUGAUAACAGAGAUAAUAGACUCAAAAGGUGAACUAGGGAAAUGUCUCACGAGAAACAACCAAGAAAUCUCACCAGUCAGUGAGGAAGUAUCCAUUCCUUUUUUGCAUAUGUUGUUCUCAAAGUUGUAAAUAAGCUCAACAGGAGGUGUUUUGUUGUGAUUUCUUUGGAUUUUGGUGGGGUGAGUCUUGAAAAAAGGGGAAACUUCUAUGAUAGAUAAGACAUCAGAGCAUGUCCCCUUGGAGGAGGGACAGGAGAGGAUGCACUGGGAUGCCAAAAAGAUCCCACCUAAGGUGUACUGAGAUUACAGAGAGUGUGUUUGGUGUGUUGGUAGCUGUCAGGCAGCUUUGUGCUGAGGAGAAGCCCUACAGCGUGAGCCUUGGCAUGGUGGUCUCCAAAGGAACGGAGCAAGAAGCCAGCAAAGCACCUCUUCCAUCCACGGCCUCAGCUUGGAGCUUUGAUUUAAAUAGUGUUAAGGGAAAAAUGCUUGUAUUCCUGUCAUCUUUGAACAUGAACCCACAACGAGAGCAUGCCUAUGGGGGCAUACUGAGACUGGCUAGAAGAUCAGGCACCAGUGACCACAAAGGAUCCCUUUUCCCCCAGGAAACAAUCCAAAUGAAAUAAACAAUUUAGAAGCGAUCCAAAUGCUACUGCUACACCUCAGCCUCCUCCUCUCAAACUGAACUCAUGCAGGAAAAUAUCAGAUGGCUGGUUUACUUUGUGUGUUUGGAAGCUGCUUGUUGCUUUUGAUGAUGGGAGCUAAGACUAAGAGGUAGCUAAUGGGAGCAAAGCUGGGGCAGGGGCACUGGCACCGCAGCACCGCAGCCAGCCUGUGCGUCACCAAAUAAUCAAAAAUAGCACACAACUGAGAAAGAACUUCAGAGCUCUGUGUGUGUAUGUGUGUUCCCCCAAAGUGUGCUUUGUGCCAGCUCUGACUUUAAUGUAAGGCUACCUUUUAUUUGUUGCUGUUGGUAUUUUGGCAAAUCGUUAUUACUUUGGAAUGGAGAUUAUUUGUCAACAUUUUAGUCUGUGUGAAGUUAAUAGGUUUAUGAUGUUUGUUACUGGUUUUGUGGUUUCCUUUGUUUACUAAUUACUUGCUUCUUAGAAGUUUUUUCUUUGGCUUUCUUUUGGAAAAAUCAACUCAUUUAGCUUUAGUGUAUCUAGAAGUUUAAUUCCUCAAUACUCAUUUGUGUCUAGGUUUGUGCAAUGAGCAGUAUGUGCUUUCAGCUGUUACUAAAAAUGGGAUUUCAAGUUUUAUUUUUUAUCAAAAGCUUUGGUGUCAAGUUCAGAGGAAAAAGAAAAGAGAUAUGCUUGUUGUUUAAAUUAAUUUGAUGUCUGUAGUUUUAAAAAAAAAAGAAAUUAAAAGAUUGAUUAAGAAUUAAAAUAGAUUUAUGAAUCAUUUUCAGAAGUUACCCCGAAAGUGCCGCCAGGAAGGAACUUCUUUGAAGGCCAAGGAUGACUUGUCCAUCAGGCUUGAAGAGGCCUGUGUUUAAUUUAUAGUUUAUUGUUAUUUGUCUUAACUAAAAUGCUUUAUAAAACAGUCUUAAAGGAA